UUAUUAAUCGCCCCUUCUCCCCAACCCAAUACAAAAUUUCUAAAUUUGCCCUCAAUCAAAUCUCCCUUAUUAAACGCUCCCCUCUUUACCUACUUUCCUCUCUCAUCAAAAACAUUUUCUUUUGCCCUCACUUCCUGUGUUUUUGCCUCUGUUUUCUUUUCCCCUGUUUUAAACCAUCUUUAGAAACCAUACCAGUUUAUACCUACAUCGAUUAAACUCUACAUAUUUGUACUACCCAGAUAGGGAAAUCAAUUCAUCUUUGAUACCCAGAUCCCAGUUUUCUUGUUUCUUUGAAGGUUUUGAAAGGGAAUCGGAGUUGAGGAUGGAGAACAACCAGCAAUCCUUUUGGCAAUUCAGUGAUCAACUUAGGGUCCAAAAUUCGAACUUGGCUAAUCUUUCGCUUAACGAUUCGAUAUGGAGCAACGGUUAUGUUUCAAAGAGGCCUGAUGAAAGGAGGAAUUUUGAUAUCAGAGUCGGUGGUGAAGUGAAUUUUGUUGACAACUUGAAGCCAAAAAUCACCGAGUUCAAUUCUUUCAACAAUGAUGGGUGGAAAAUUGAAGCCAGUAGCAACAACAUCGGGUUCGGUCCAAUCGGUCCGAUGGGGUCUCAGAAGAAUGUUGGAAUCAACGGAGGGUUCAACAAAGGGAUUUAUUCAAAGCCAGUGAAUAACAAUAAUGUUAUUGUGAAGGGGAAUAAGAAUAAAGGAGAGGAUGAUUACGGAAGCAAAAGUGGGAAGAAGAGCAGUAACAAGAAGAACAAUAACCAUAACAGCGACAAUAAUAACAACAAUAACGGUGAAAACAAGGAUGGGAAGAGUGCUGUUGACAAGAGGUUUAAGACACUGCCACCAUCUGAGUCUUUGCCUAGGAAUGAAACGGUUGGAGGCUACAUCUUUGUUUGCAACAACGAUACCAUGCAGGAGAAUCUCAGGAGACAGCUCUUUGGUUUGCCUCCUCGUUACCGAGAUUCAGUCCGGGCGAUUACUCCUGGCCUGCCUCUUUUCCUCUACAACUACUCCACCCACCAACUCCAUGGAAUAUUUGAGGCUGCAAGCUUUGGAGGAACAAACAUUGAUCCAACAGCCUGGGAGGACAAGAAAUGCCCUGGUGAAUCACGAUUCCCUGCACAGGUUCGGGUUCUUACAAGGAAAAUUUGUGAGCCACUUGAAGAGGACUCCUUCAGGCCAAUUCUUCACCACUAUGAUGGUCCAAAGUUCCGCCUUGAACUGAACGUGCCAGAGGCACUCUCUCUAUUGGAUAUAUUUGCUGAACAAACGCCAUGAGGAACAUACCACAAAGGCUUAUAGAUACAAAUACACAAGAUAAUGAAGAGAGGACACCUCGAAGAAUAAUUAGAGAAAUAGAGGGUAUAUUGGGAAUUUAAGACCG